AUGGGAGGGUGGAUUGAUGGGAUUUGGAAGUGGGGAGAUCUUGGCAUUUCGGUUGUUGGUAGGGAUGUGGUUUUUUUACAUUCCCUUUCGGUGUUGAAGGAUCUUUUGGAUAAUUUCGGUAGCUUGAAUGAUUCGAAGGAUGAGGUGGAAUGGUUGUUGGACUUGAAUAGCGGAUAUACGGUUUCCUCUUGUUAUUGUUUUUAUGCUUCUAGGCGUAUUCCUUACGGUCCUCCGGUUAAAUGUGAAGAGGCUUUCAAUUUGAUUUGGAAAGCGGAUGUUCCCUUUAAGAUAAAGGCAUUUGGUUGGAGGCUUUUUUUGAAUAGGUUACCAACUAAAGAUUUAUUGGUGUAUAGAGGUAUUAAUCUAAAUCAUGACAAUUUAAUGUGUGUUUUUUGUAAUUCUCAUGUCGAAGAGGCGGAUCAUUUGUUUUCUAAGGCUCUAUUUGGUAAGCCACGUUUUCUAAUUGAUGCUUUGGGUCGAUUUUGA